ACAAUUCAACCAAAUCCACCUUCACUUUCAAGCUUUUAAUAUGUUCUUAAACCACAGCAUUCCUAUUGUUAUUUUAAGCUGAAUAUAUAUACUACAUCAUUUUUGCUAUUCUUCCUUGUGCAUUGGAUGCGGGGAGGAGAGUAGUAUUUCAUCAAGUUGUUGUUGUUACAGAACAAAAAAUGGAGAGUCCUCAGUAUUAUACACCGCCCCAUGUUGCGGAGUCAUCAUCUCGGCCAUCUCUAGGAUUUCCUCUUGGCACUGCUCUUCUUUUGCUCGUCAUUUUCAGCUUGAGUGGCGUCUUUUCUUGCUGCUAUCACUGGGACAAAAUUCGUUCGCUCCGUCGUCGAUCUUUAUCCGACCUCGAAGCCGGCGAUGAUCCUGAUGCAUCCUUGAAACCCAAACACACCCACCGCAUGAGUGAAAAGCAGAACCAAAGCCAAAGCAUGCCUGCAGUGUUGAUGCCAGGCGAUCAAAUUCCGAAAUUCAUAGCAAUGCCAUGUCCAUGUCAGCCUCCCCGACCGGGAAAUGUGGUUGUAGACGUGCAGAAACCGCCGCAGCCGCCACCUUCGCCUCCUAAGCCAAUUCGUAUGGUAGUGGGAUUACCUUUAUAUUAGGGGAGUACCGAGUACUACUGAUCUAAGAGCUGGCCUCGUUGGUGUAUUAUGUAUAGCAGAGUGUAUAUAUUGAGUUGUGUUUCAACCAAAUUCCAUUUCUUCUGAUUUGUAAAUAUCAAUGAAAUUUGUAUAAUUCCAUGGUACAUACUUCAUC